UGUAUGGGUGAGUAGCAGCGGCAGUGUGUGUGAGUGUGUGUGUUUGUACGUUUGCAUGUGUUUGAUGUGUGGAAAAAUCAAUACCGAGUCCGGCCGUGGAAAUCGUGGAAAAGUAGCGAGCAGGUUUUUCCGGAAAAAUAAGCCCAAUUUUCUGUGAAAUCGCGCGUGAAACGGUGUGAAAAGUGAUUCCAAACCUCCAUCGCCGCCGUACGUUUGUUGAUGUCGACCGUUCGUGGACGGGAUCUAUUUUUGUAAACUUCACGCAGCGUAACGAACCACACACACAGCAAACAUGAGUUUGACCAUAAACGCGGUGGACGCGAUGGAGUACGUCGAAGAUGACAAUAUUACCGGCGCAUCAGACGACGACGAUGACGAUAAUCCCAGCAGUCCGGGCAGUGCGUACGACGAUGGGAACCUCAUCAACGUUGCCAUGGAGAACGAAGUCACCGCCCAGCUGGUUGCCGCCGGUGUGGUCGGUGUUGCUGCCGCAGCCGCCAUCACAUCGUCGAAGAAGAAAAAGCGGCCCCAUUCGUUCGAAACGAACCCUUCCAUCCGCAAGCGGCAACAGAAUCGGUUGCUGAGGAAGUUGCGACAAACCAUUUUCGAGUAUGCUACGCGCGUCGGACAGCAGGCGGUCGUGUUGGUGGCAACGCCCGGCAAACCAAACAACAUCUACAAAGUAUUCGGAGCCAAACCGUUGGAGGAUGUGCUGAAGAAUCUGCGCAACAACGUGAUGGAUAAGCUGGACGAGGCGCUGGCCGCACAGGCACCGCCCCGGGUACAGGAUGAUCCUUCACUGUUUGAGCUGCCACCGCUCAUCAUCGACGGGAUACCGACGCCGGUAGAGAAGAUGACCCAGGCCCAGCUGCGAGCGUUCAUACCGCUGAUGCUGAAGUACUCGACCGGGCGGGGCAAACCGGGCUGGGGCCGAGACUCGACCAGGCCACCCUGGUGGCCGAAGGAGCUGCCGUGGGCCAACGUUCGCAUGGAUGCGCGCACAGAGGAAGAAAAGCAAAAGAUAAGCUGGACACAUGCACUGAGAAAAAUUGUCAUAAAUUGUUACAAAUACCACGGAAGAGAAGAUCUUCUGCCUGCGUUCAGUGAAGAGGAUGAGAAGGCGAACGCCAUAGCAACGGCUAGUUCGAAUGUUGAUGUGAUGAAGAUUGAAAACGGAAGCGUGGUAACGGUGGGUCCGGCCAGCAACGGUAACACAACCACGGCCACCAUCACCAACAGUGCUGGCGGCCAGCAGCAAAUCAUCAUCCACCAAGCGCACCCCCAGCAGCAGCAGCAGCAGCAACAGCAGGGACAGACCAACGGACAGACCACGACCACGAUCACGAGCGCGAACGGGCAGAUCAUUAAGGAAAACCCGGACGGCACCAUCCAGAUCCAGCAACAGUCCUCGCCCACCCAGACCCUGAACGCGCAGGUUUGCUUAGACUCGAUGGCUCUAAGCGAUGUGGAUUUCACCCACACUGUGUUGCAAACCAUACAGAACCCCGACGGUACCGUGUCCCUUAUUCAGGUUGAUCCCAACAAUCCUAUCAUCACGUUACCGGACGGAACGACCGCACAAGUACAAGGAAUUGCAACCCUGCAGCCACAAGGCGACGGAGGAGUUCAUGCCAUUCAAACUAUAUCAGACGGACAGGGCGAAAGUAUGUCGGUUGACCUUACGGAAGCUACCCUUGGACAGGAUGGUCAGCUUAUAAUCACAGGAGAGGAUGGACAAGGUUUCCCGGUGAACGUGAGCGGCAUGAUCACCGUGCCAGUGUCCGCUCAGAUGUACCAGACGAUGAUGGCCAACAUACAGCAGGUGCCGAAUGUGGACGGAACCGUCUGUAUAACCCCGAUGCAGAUGUGUGAUUUAGUGGAGAACGGUGAGACGAUGGAAACCAUUACCGUGGGUCCCGGUAUGCAUCAGAUGAUGAUCCAGGGACCGCCCGGCUCGGAACCGCAGGUCCUGCAGGUGCUCAGCCUCAAGGAUGCUUCCGUGCUGACGAAGGCGAUGGCCGCCAUAUCGGACGUUAAGGGUGAAGAGGCCACCAUCAUUGAGCACUAAGUUCGAAUAUGGGUUUUCUUUUUAAGGUUCUAAGGCUGCUCUAUUUACGAUCGAUCGUCGAGCGAUCACCAUUUAUUUAUGGCCAUACUUUUCCUCCCCCCCCCCCCCUCCCCAUGCAAACUUGUAACAAGCUUAAGUCAGAGAGAAGAAAAUCGUAUUUAUAUAUAUACAUAUAGAAUAUUUCUUAUACAGAGGAUUAAGCAUUGUGCAGCAGUAGGGCAGCAGAUUGUAAGUAACGUGAAGCAGGCAGGUUCAGGGCAGGACAAGCAAAUUUUUAGUCGAUAAGUGAUGCACACACACACACACAAACUCAUCCCGAAAACUUCCCAUUUCCCAACCCAAACGCAAAUCCCACACGUCAAGUUCUAGUCCUUCUCUAAAUUAUUAAUUGCUAGUCAAAAUUCGUGUCAUUUCAUGUGCAUGUCAUUGGAAGUAGGUAACUUAUAAAGAUGAUUAUUAUUAUUAGUCAACAUUAUUCCUUUCAAAGCGCCGUAGCGGAAAACGAAUCUCCAGAGCGCGAAAGUCAUUCCAUAAAAUCGAAUUGACUGUAAAUAUAGCCAGUGCAAGAAGGUGUACUCCCGAUGGAAGAUUGGCGCAAUGAUGCCUGAUUUUGGGAACUCCGAUCCAAUCAUUAGUCUUUAAUUGUACCUCCUAAGUGUAUGCAUCACUCACAGCAAACAAGUAACAAUAAUUGCAUUUAGUAGCAGGAUCAGGAGGGGAUCGCAGCUCCCGGGAUUUAUACUUCAGUGAAGUGCGCAAACGAAGGUGGAGAAGGGGCGGUUGGUAGAUGAUUUUUUUUUCAUACAAGCUCGAUAGUUUAGUGCAAUUAUUUUUCCCCCCUUUUAAUCUGCUUCGAAACUAGUCUUAUUAAUGUCACUAAGGAGAAGAGGAAGAAAAAAGAAUACGCUUGAAACCAACAGGCAGGCGGCAGAGCGUAAAAACUAGUCCUAAUUUUAAUUUAAAAAUGUUUAAAAAGUCCUAACUCUAUUUGAUAAGUUGAUCGCAUCACUAGCCGGCUGUUCGUACGGAAACUAUGAAAUAUUUACACAUUAUUUAUUUAUUUAUUUAUUUAUUUAUUCUAUGGGAACAUCCUUUUUAUUUAUUUUUGUUUGUUACUAUUGUGCAAUUUCCAAAGAUUUUGUUAAAGGCCUAUUUAUUCGUCUCUUGUUUUGAAUACCUAAUUUUCUUCAUGUUCGAGAGCUACAAACUAAAUCUUCCGGGGUUUAGUAUACCCAGUCUAAACUACAAACACAAUCCACAUGUAAGAAGGAGAGCGAGCGAGGGAGACAAAGCGAAAGGAAUAUCGUACAUACAACUUUUAACGCAUAAAUAAGUGUGAACAUACGUCAGUUUGUGUUGUAAAACCGUCACCAGAACAGAGCUAUUUAAAAAAAAAGGUUUUUUUAGGUUAUGUAUAGAGAAAAGAUUCGUAACAGAGAUAUGGAAAACCAGUAUGGCAAAGUUUAAUUAGUAGUGCAUCGUGAACAAAAGGAAGAAGAGAGAAAAAAAACAUAAACACACAAGAGGACAAAGACUGAAAUGCAUUCUAGGAGUCAUUGUAUAAAGAGGAAAAGGAUGGAACAAGAGAGCAGAGAUGUAAAACCAGUCAGAAAGCAAAACACAAACUCCCAAGAAAGAGUAAGCAACACAUGUACACAAACACACAGCCACAUGUUUAGUUUGAUCGACGCACGGUGAUGUUUUGUUUGUUUUGUUCCGUGUUUUUUUCCCUGCUUGCACACAUACACAUACACACACAAACACAAACAAAGGUACACACCAACACAUCUCCCUCCUUUCCUAGCAGCGACGAUUAUUUUACAAUCAGGAAGCGAUAUUCGUACAACCUAUGUCAUUCGUGUGAGUGUGUGUGGAAGUCUUGUGUUAAAAUGAGUUAAAUAAACAAUGAAUGUAUAAAUAAAUUAUGACUUUGAUGAAAA